UUAUGGUCACACUUCAUCUAAGCACCAACCACCAGAAACAACAACAAAAAAGACCUAAGAAAUUGAAACAAGAUAAGAUAAGAGCACAACAAACUAUUAUUUAUAAUAAAAUAACGGCAAUAGACAUUUCUGCGUGAGCAUUCCGUUGCAACAAAACGCACAACGAAGCAGCUUUUAAAGGUGGAAACUUCGAUAUCGUAACAGAACACGCCACACGAGUAACAAAAAGUGCAAGCACAAGCAUGUCAGUCAUUGAUUUUAUAAAAGGCUUACCCAUAUACGACUCGAACAACUUCACACUCUUGAGCAACGAUCAUGGUAUCAGAACAUCGCAAAAGCGUGCCUCCGUUUACUUACCUACAGAGGAUGUGCCUGACCAGGCGCAACUAAUAGUGAUGGACAAAAGGUGCGUACUGCUUAGAUAUCUAACUCAGCAGUGGGACAAAAAGACACUCCAGCGAAAGCGAGAGCAUGGCAACGAUGGCAGCAGUAACAAUACCAAUAGCACUCCAAACGGCAACAAUAGCAAAAAGCGCCCACGCUUGGAGACCAACGAGCUCAACUAAGGCACACCCUAUUCUUGUUAAGUGCAACCACUACCAUUAAUAUAUAUCCCAUGCUUAUAAUAAAUACGAUAAAACAAAACUAACUGAAUUAGAAU